AUGAAGAAGAAAGGCGGCAAAAGCGCCUCCUCCGGUCCUCACUUCCCUUCCCUCUUGAAGGGUCAGGACGUUGUCAAUCUUGCCGUUCAAGCUCACGGCAAGAGCGAUCUAGUUAGAGCUUGUGCUGAAAACGAGAACCCUGAGACCGCUCCGGAGGGGCUAGGCAUUUUCAAGUUCUCAGCCAGUGAUGACGACUGGCGCAGGAAGUACUUUUAUGUCAAGAUUGACCCUUCCACGGUUCCUGUAGGCCGUGACCUUAGGAACGCAUGGUCUGAUAUUUCCGAAAUCAAAGAUCCUGUCAAGUUAUCUAGCAAACUUACCAGAGCUCUCUACAGGAAGCUACAGCAUAGCCCUAACACUUGGGUAGCUUACACUACUUCGAGAGUUGGAUCAGCUAGGUUCCAUGAUCGGUACCAAGCGUCCUUCCCUGAUUCAGUGACGGUUGCUGGUUUAGAAGUUUCUGAAGGUGAUUCCAUUCUCGAAGUUUCCUCCGGAGCAAGUACUUCUUCGAAGACUCAAUCACAGAAGAUGCCAAUUCAACCUUCCUUCCGUUCCAGGGGUAGAUCGACCAAGGCUGCCAGCUCCUCUAGAGGGAGUGAUAAGAACCAAGGGGGAUCCUUCCUUGACUCUGUGAAGGAGGUUCUUGAUGAAGGAGGCUCUGCCCCUGCUAAAGGUGUCGUCUCUUCGGAACCCAAGGUUCAGGAAGUUGGCCUUCCCUCCGAGGUCCCGAUGACUGAAGCUGAUCCUCAAGUAAUGAGGGACCCUCCGGAGUCUGAGCCCCCGAGGAACAAGAGGUCCCGAACCGACCAGGUUGAUAGACCUUCGAGGUCUUCCUCCUCCUCCUCUAGAGGAGGAACCGUUGGCUGGACCUUUUCUCAUUCAAAGCCUGGAUCGGUCUUGGACGAUCCGUGGGGUUUGGCUACUCUGAUGAGGCACAUGAAGAGUCCCGGGUGUCCCCUCCCCUCGAUCUCCAAUAUCACGCACAAGGAUGAGUACGUCGAUAUUGCUCAUCACAUGGGUCAGGUAUGAAGUUUAUUUCAUUUUUCAGCUUUGUCUUUGGAAGAUUUUGCUAAGUCAUUUUCCGUUUUCC